GCCGUAAACAGACAACAUGGCGGCCGCGGUGGCGACGGCACCCGGGACGUUGGGAUCCCUGCAUGCUGGCGGCGUCCGCCUAGUAGCUGCUUGUAAUGCGCGGCUCUGCCAGGGGUUGAGGUUUCCCAGCUCGUUGGCAGGCCGGCGGGUGGGCCAGGCGAUCUGGGCCCAGAGCUGGGUGCCUGUGGCCGGGGGUCCCGCACCAAGAAGGGGCUACAGCUCUGAGGUGAAGACGGAGGACGAACUACGGGUGCGGCACCUGGAGGACGAGAACCGAGGAAUUGUGGUGCUUGGAAUAAACAGAGCUUAUGGCAAAAAUUCACUCAGUAAAAAUCUUAUAAAAAUGCUAUCAAAAGCUGUGGAUGCUUUGAAAUCUGAUAAGAAAGUACGGACCAUAAUAAUCAGGAGUGAAGUCCCAGGGAUAUUUCGUGCUGGUGCUGACCUUAAGGAAAGAGCCAAAAUGAGUUCCAGUGAAGUUGGUCCUUUUGUCUCCAAAAUAAGAGCAGUGAUUAAUGAUAUUGCUAAUCUUCCAGUGCCAAUGAUUGCAGCAAUAGAUGGACUCGCUUUAGGUGGUGGUCUUGAACUGGCUUUAGCUUGUGAUAUACGAGUAGCAGCUUCCUCUGCAAAAAUGGGCCUGGUUGAAACAAAAUUGGCAAUUAUUUCUGGUGGAGUGGGGACACAGCGAUUGCCACGUGCCAUUGGAAUGUCCCUGGCCAAGGAGCUCAUAUUCUCUGCGCGAGUCCUUGAUGGCCAGGAAGCCAAAGCAGUGGGCUUAAUCAGCCAUGUUCUGGAACAGAACCAGGAGGGAGAUGCUGCCUACAGAAAGGCCCUGGACCUGGCAAGAGAGUUUUUACCUCAGGGACCUGUUGCAGUGAGAGUGGCAAAAUUAGCAAUUAAUCAAGGCAUGGAGGUCGAUUUAGUAACAGGGUUAGCCAUGGAAGAAGCUUGUUAUGCUCAGACCAUUCCAACGAAAGACAGACUUGAAGGUCUUCUUGCUUUUAAAGAGAAAAGGCCCCCUCGCUAUAAAGGAGAAUAAAAGGAACAGAAAUUCUUAAGAUGCCAGUGUAAUAAAUGUACUUCUGGAAGUGUCUUUUGGAUCCACUAUAUGCCUGAGCACGUGGAAUCUCAAUGACCAAAGUGAAGAGCAAAUUAUUCAUAUAGUGUAAUUAGCAUCCGGAAUGGACCCAUCUGUGUACUUCACUCAAAUAUGUAAAUGUCAUAUUCAUUCAGAUUUAUAAAGCUAGUAGUGUAUAUUGUCAGAAAACAGGCAAAGUUAGAUAUACAUUUUUAAAUAUUUCCUGCAUAAGAGGCUUUCUGUUCUUAAUUUUUUAAUGUGAAUAAUUUAUAUAUUGCACACUAGGAAAUAAUAUUGAUUAUAUGUCUACUGUGCUGCAUUAAGAAAAUAAAAUUAUUUCUCUAUACCAAAAAUGUGAAGUUAUACCAAAUAAAGUUUCUAAGUGAUUGAUGCAUAUGAACAGAUACAUACACAUACAUCUAAACCUGAAAAACGAAUUGAUAUUCUGAGUGAAAACUACCUAAUAUAAAUAAAACUAGUGAAAA